GGGAGUGCGAUAACUGAAACAAGAAUUCGGACAUGCGAGCACAGCCGAUUCCACUUGGUCAGAGCUGGACGAUGCCUGGGCAAGCUCACAUCAAAGGCAAUGUGGUGUUAACACCCGUAUUAAAUGAGGACACUUUUGGGUGUCUUUCCUACAUGGACAGCCUGUCGAUCACUGACUUCACUUUCAACGCCCUGGGGGGCCCCCGGUUGAAUCCUCCGGAUCAAAACACCCGCGCCCUCGAGCUCAGUGCUUUCUCACUGCGUUCCCAGUGGCCGAGGUGUGUGUGUUUUUUUUUUUUGACGUGCCUGGAGAAGGCAUCCCACCUUUUCCAGAGGGGCAUCUGGAUUUUUCCAACCGGGUUGCUGUCCAUUGCGAUCUUCCAGGGCAUUCUGCGACCGAAACCAAUUCUAGCCUUGGCCCUUUCCCAGUCCAGCACAGUUCAGCCCCCCCAAGUGCCGCCCAAAUUGCUACGAGGUAUAGGUAGGUAAGUUACCUACCUAGGUAGGAGAGAAUAAAGAGGCUCGAUCGUGUGCGGAUUGGAAGCGCGUGUGCGCAUGAGAGCCAUUCUGACUGCAAGUUCCCCACUAAAGACCCGCUAACUGACUUUUUGACCCCAUUCAUACCCACUACCGCCAUCACAGGAUGCUACCACGGU